AGGUUAUUACGAAUAAAAAGAGAGAUUCGUUUUUUUCUCCUUCACUUAUUUGUUGAAAUUUGUACAAAUCAAUGAACUUUACACUAGUGACUGACUGAAAGAGUCUUCUGUUUUCUGUUAGUGCACUUUGUUGGCAAAUAGGAGAAAAUUGUCAUUACAUAGAACUGUCAUCGUAUUUCAUCUCCCAUGCGACUUAUGCGCAAUAGUGGGGAUACGUGGGGGAUGAAUCAUAUAUAUUUUUAUUCAAAACAUUUUCAUAAUUCAAAUCGAUAUCGAAUAAAACAAACAUAUCACCCCGGCUACGGCUUUUUUGUUUAUGUUAAUUGUUCGUUUGAAACUUAUUCCAAUUCAAACAUUCGAAAAUAAAUAAAUAUUUUGAAAUUUCAAUAUGACUUCGAAAAUUCAUCGAACCACUUCGGCAAAACUACCAAAUUCCACUCAUUCACUAAAAUUAAUUUCAAAACGAUCAAGUUUAGACAAAAACAGUAAUUUGCGUCCAAAAACAGCAUUUGCUCACGAACGAAUUCAAGUAGCCAGGCAAUUCAAUAAAAACCAAGAGAAGCAAGUUCAAAUAGAAAAAGAAGAGGCUGAAAUAUGUAAACUUGAAAUGGAAAGCCAGAAAAGAAAACGAAUUUUGCAAGAAUUGGAUAUGAUUCGAGAUGAAAAAUUUGGGAAAAACUACGAUCCAUUCGCGGUGGAAAAAGCCAAAAAAGAAUCCAAACUAUUGAAUCGUGCAUUUUUAGCCAAACAGGAACAGGAAGAUGAAGUGAAACGAGCUAAUAAAAUCAUACUUGCUGCAAAAGUGCAUAUACUACAAGAUGCUCAAAUAAACGAGAAAAAAGAGUUAGAAAAAAUGUGGCGCGAAAAGGAGUUGAACUUGGAGAAAAUUAUGCUUGAAGAAGAUGCAAAAAAGUUAGCAGAACAGAAGCGAAAAGAACAAGAAUGGAAAGAACUAAGAGAUAAGUAUGCAAAUGAAUUGAAAGAAGGACUGAAAAGUCGUGAGUUAAAGAAAUUGAUUCAAGCUGAGCGUAUUGAAAAUGAAGCACAUGCAAUCGCGAUAUCACAAAAAAUCUUAAAAUUUGAAGAAGAUUCAAAAAAAAUAGCAGAACGCGAGCGAAAAAAUCAAAUACGCAAAGAAUUUCAGGACAAUAUUAGAGCUUGCGAAGAAUUCAAAAAGAAGGCAGAGGAGCAGAAACGUGAGGCUGAAAUGAAAGCACAAGAGUAUAUGCGGCAAAAAUCUGAACGUGAAAGAAAAUUGGAUAAAGAGAGGAAAAUUCAGCGUGAGCGAAAGCAAAUGGAAAUUGAUAGAAUUUUAUCACGGCAAAAAGAAGUGUUGGAGACUAAACACGAGAUUGAAAUGGCUAAUCUUAGGCGUAUUCAGGAGCAAAAAGAACGUGAAUAUCGUAAAAAAGCGUUGGAAACUGCAUUCAAGCGAAAAAAAAUUGAAAGUCAAGUACUAGAAGCACGCGCAGCACAAAUUGAGGAAACAAAACGGAUCAAAGCGAGACGAGAAGAAUUGGAGGCACACGAUGUUCUACAACUGUUAAAUAAAUUGAAGCAUGAAGAAGAAGAAGAAAGAGCUCAUAAAUUAAAAAUGCAUCACCUCAAAGAAAAAUAUCGGAUCGAAAUCAUCACUCAAAUUCAACAAAAGAUGGAGAAUCGUAGAACAUUUCAAAUACAAAGUCACCAAGCAAACGAAGAGCAAAAGAAGAUAGAAGAUACUCGCCAAGAGAAUAUUCGAAAAGUUAUUACUAAAAAGGUUAUGGAAAUGCGAGAAUCUAAGAUUCCAGAGCAUAUUAUACGUGAUGUUGAGCGUCAAUUGAAGUUAUGUCAUAUUUAGCUUGCACAAUGCACACAUAUACAUUACGGUUUAAAAGUUAUUGAAACAAAUUUAAAAACACAAGGACAAUGAUAAAAUACUAUUUAAAUUGUUUAUUAUUCACGAAUACUAUUAGUUUCAAGCAGAUUCAAACAUAAACUCCAAGACAGUUAGAACAUAAUGUGUUGUGACACAGAUUGACAAAAUAAAAUCAUAUCAAACUUGAAAGUUGCUCGAAUAAAUAAAACAUGACGCAUAUGAGCCAUUAUGUACUUAAAAAUGAAAAGGUUUCACUUAGAGAAAACACACUUUUUUAAUUUUUAUCUCAAAUUUUUUUUUAUCACAACAACAUUUUUUGACUUUUUUCAAUUAUACUAUUCAAAAAUAAAGAAAACGUGCAAAAAUUUAUAAUCAAAUUUUAAUGUGACAUAAAUCAGAUACUGCUAAAAUGGACCGAAAUGAUCUGGAGCAACAAAAGGGCUAAUUUAAAUGUGUUCGAAACAUUUAAUGAGUUUAAUCGUUCUAAAAAUGAUCUUUCGUUGUAUAUAAGUUUUUUUUUCUUGCUGGUCAAGCAUAAAUAGAAAAAUAGUUAAAAAAAGUGUUUCUUAUUAUUUUCUAUUUUUAUUCCACUUUCU